AUGAUAAGAACAUUUCGAGCAUGGCAUACAUUGCGACCAUUACAAACGAGGCAAACAAUCCCAACCAGACACUUCUCUCAGGGAACUUGUUUAUACCGGAAGAAAACCCCCGAUAAUGAAGAAUAUGUUACCGAAUUCGAUCUCGACCUCGAACAAGAAUUCGACCCGGAACCAGAAUCAAACGAACCAGAAUUCGAACGUCACCUCCAUUCCCAAGCCAGUGGAGAACCAUUACCAAACUUCAUCCUCCACACCGAAGAACCACCCAGUCAAUUCCCUCCAGUCACAAUCUCCGACAAUAACACUUCUAUUACUUAUACACCCCUCACCACUAGGGAUCGAAUUGGCUUAACGGAUAGAUGUCUUUCAUUUGCUGGUUAUUUCCUGGGUAAUGCCCAUCAUUCCCAUCAUGUCUUUUAUUCCAGCACUAUGGCCCAAUUCGCCAAACGGGCCGCCAAGAUUGAAAACAAAAAAUUUGUGGAUUUGAAAAUCGUGAAAAUGGUGAGUGGGAAUGGUGGGAAUGGAUGUGUGUCAUUCUUUAGGGAUGCGUUCAAACCGACUGGUCCUCCUGAUGGGGGUGAUGGUGGAAAUGGGGGGGAUGUGUAUAUCAAAGUGGUUGAAUCGGGGUUGAAUUCAUUGCAUGGUUUGAGGAGUGCAUAUGUUGCGAAACCGGGUUUAACUGGUUCUGGGGAUCAAUUGGAUGGAAAACUUGGUGAGGAUGUUGUGAUUGAAGUCCCAAGGGGCACGAUGAUUAGAUGGAUACCUGACCCAGCGGAGUUGAGGAGAUAUUUGAGUUGGAAGGAGGGGCAGACUUUGGAUGAUUUAUUUCUUCAGAUGAAAUGUGAUGAUUAUAAUAAUAUUCAGUUGUUUAGAGGUGGAUAUAAUCCGGGCGAAGGUUGGGUAUUUAAAGAUGCUGAUGAGGAAACUUAUAGGUCGAAAGAUUUUUUUAAGGAAUUGAACAAAAGAGUUGUUCAAUAUGAUAAUGAAACUAUUGAUGAAGAGAUUAGGUAUGAUAAAUUCCCAAUGUUGGGUUUUGAUUGUAAUAAAGUUAUGGAAAAACCAAUGUUGAUUUUGAAAGGUGGUAGAGGUGGAAUGGGAAAUAUGCAUUUCUUAACUAAUAAUAUUCGUAAUCCUCGAUUCUGUAAAGUUGGACGUCCUGGAAUUACGGCACAUUUCUUAUUUGAAUUGAAGUUAAUUGCUGAUUUAGGUUUAGUUGGAUUACCUAAUGCUGGUAAAUCAUCUUUAUUAAGAGCUAUAUCAAGAGCAAGACCAAGAGUUGGAGAUUGGAAAUUUACAACCUUACAACCAACUGUAGGAACCAUCUUCACUACAAUUGAUAAAGAUCCUUUCACUGUUGCUGAUAUUCCUGGUAUUAUUAAGGGAGCAUCGGAAAAUAAAGGGAUGGGAUUGGAUUUCCUUAGACAUAUUGAAAGAUCAGCAGGAUUAGUAUUUGUAAUAGCAUUAGAUUCUGAAAAUCCGGUUGAUGAUUUGAAUUUAUUAUUGGAAGAAGUCGGUGAAAAAAGAAUGAAAGAUAAACAAGUGUUGAUUGUUGCAACCAAAGCCGAUUUAAGUGCACAUGGUGAAAAUUAUCAUUCAUUGAAAAAACAUUUGGAAAACUAUCAUCCAGAUUGGAAAAUUGUUCCUGUAUGUGCACCAAGAGGAGAGAAUAUUGACAAGUGUAUUAAGUUGAUGAGUGAGAUUGCUCAAAUUACCAAAAUGAAUAACGAGAGAGAAGGGAUCAGAUGGAGAAGAGCAACUUGA